UUAUUUUUUUUGUGUCUAGCGAGUUCAAACAGGGAUGGCGGAGCUGGAAGGCCUGGAGUUUGGGAAGUCAGACUUUGUGCUCCUGGACGAGGUCACGAUGGAGCAGUUUAUGGAAAAUCUGAAGCUGAGGUUUGAGAAGGGCCGAAUCUACACCUACAUCGGAGAAGUGGUCGUCUCCGUUAACCCAUACAGACAGAUGGACAUUUACGGCAAAGAUAACAUUGAAGCGUACCGAGGCCGCGAGCUGUAUGAAAACCCUCCUCACCUGUAUGCAGUGUCUGAUGCUGCCUAUAAAGCCAUGAAGAGACGGGCCAAAGACACCUGCAUCGUCAUAUCAGGUGAAAGUGGGGCCGGAAAAACAGAAGCCAGUAAAUACAUCAUGCAGUACAUUGCAGCAAUCACAAACCCAAGCCAGAGGGCAGAGGUCGAGAGUGUGAAGAACGUGCUGCUGAAGUCCAACUGUGUGCUGGAGGCCUUUGGGAACGCCAAGACAAAUCGCAACGACAACUCCAGCCGCUUCGGCAAGUACAUGGACAUCAACUUCAACUUCAACGGCGAUCCCACCGGAGGACACAUCAACAACUACCUGCUGGAGAAGUCCAGGGUGGUGCACCAGCAAGGAGGUGAGAGGAACUUCCACUCGUUCUAUCAGCUGCUGCGUGGAGGCUCUGAUGAAAUGCUGCAGUCGUUUCACCUGCAGAAUGAUCCUGCUGUUUACGUUUAUACCAAAGAGGGAGCGGAAACUGUUACCUCCAACAAUGAUCGCUCAAGCCACAAAGCCGUGUUGAGCGCACUGGAAGUUAUUGGCUUCUCAAAAGAAGAGAUCACCUCAGUUUAUCAGAUCCUCGCCACCAUUCUGCUUUUGGGCAAUAUGCAAUUUGAGAGCGAUGGUGAGAGCGUUAAUAUUGUGGGACAAGAAGUUGUGAACCACAUUUCAGAACUGACGGCCACAGACCCGGAGAGCGUCAAUAAGAGCCUCCUGUACCGCACGGUGGCCACUGGAGGAGGCGAGGUCAUUGAGAAGGGGCACACAGAGCAGGACGCCUGCUUUGGACGGGAUGCUUUUGCCAAGGCUCUCUAUGAAAGGCUUUUCGGCUGGAUCGUCAGCCGCAUCAACAGCAUCAUUGAGGUGAAAGACUACGACCCAGUGCUGCAUGGGAAAAACACUGUAAUUGGUGUGCUGGAUAUCUAUGGCUUUGAGAUCUUUGACAACAACAGCUUUGAGCAGUUCUGCAUCAAUUAUUGCAACGAGAAGCUGCAGCAGCUUUUUAUUGAGCUGAUCCUCAGACAGGAACAAGACGAAUAUCAGAGAGAAGGCAUCACCUGGCAACAUAUCGAAUACUUCAACAACCAGAUCAUUGUCGACCUGGUGGAGCAGGCCCACAAAGGCAUCAUCUCCAUUCUGGAUGAGGCUUGCCUCACCGUUGGAAAAGUCACUGACACAGUCUGCUUGGACAGCAUGGACACCAAACUGGCACAGCACCCCCACUACACCUCCCGCAAGCUCAGCCCCACUGACAAAAGCAUGGACUUUCAGAAACACUUCCGUAUUCGCCACUAUGCCGGAGACGUCACAUAUUCCGUCGAGGGCUUUUUGGACAAGAACAAGGACCUGCUUUUCCAAGACUUCAAGCGCCUUAUGUACAACAGUGCCAAUCCAGUCCUAAAAGAGAUGUGGCCAGAUGGACAUCUGAGCAUCACAGAGGUCACCAAGCGGCCUUUGACUGCUGCCACCCUGUUCAAGAACUCCAUUGUGGCUUUGGUUGAUAAACUGGCGUGCAAGGAGCCAUACUAUGUGCGAUGUAUAAAGCCCAACGAAAUGAAGUCACCGGUGUUGUUUGAUGACGCCCGCUGCCAGCACCAGGUGGCCUACCUUGGCCUGCUGGAGAACGUGAGGGUACGCAGGGCGGGCUUUGCCUACAGGCAGCUCUAUGCUCGCUUCCUGCAGAGGUAUAAAAUGACGUGCGAGUACACCUGGCCAAACCACCUGAUGGCGUCAGACAGGGAAGCUGUGGAGGCCAUCGUCAUCCAGCACGGUUUCCAGGACGACGUUGCGUACGGCCAAACAAAGCUGUUUGUGAGAACACCGCGGUCUCUCUUCACACUGGAGCAGGAGAGAAACCACCUCAUCCCCAUCCUGGUGACUUUCCUGCAAAAGGUGUGGCGCGGGACUCUAGCUCGUGCAAGGUGCCGGCGGAUGAGAGCCAUCUAUGCCAUCAUGGGCUGCUAUAAGCGCUACAAGGUCAAGGCACACUUCUGGGAGGUGGAGCGGAGGUUUGCUAAUGUGCGAACUAUGGCCGACUAUGGGAAGAGCUUGGAGUGGCCGACGCCGCCUGCAGCACUGUCGCAGUUUCACAGCAUCACAGUCAUGCUGCAUCGCAGGUGGUGGGCGAGGCAGAUCGUGAAAAACAUCCCGCCGUCUGACAUGCUGGAAGUUCGGGCCAAAGUGGCAGCUAUGACGGCUCUGAGCGGAGAGAGAAAAGACUGGGGAGUCAGCCGAGCCUGGGAGAGGGACUACCUGGCAAAUGCCCGAGACUGCCCUCAGACCAGCGCCAGCUUCAUCCGAAUUUCCAAGGAGCUGAAGAACAAAGACGAGUACAGUCAGGUCCUCUUCUCGAGCUUCUGUAGGAAGGUGAACAGGUUCAACAAGAGCACAGACCGAGGCCUGCUCAUCACAGACAAGUACAUCUACAAAUUAGAGCCAAAGAAACAGUAUAAGGUUCUGAAGAAGCUUCCUUUAGACUCAUUUACCGGAGUGAGCGUGACCACCGGGGUCGACCAGAUGGUGGCGUUACACACGUCCUCCCAGGAUGACGUCCUGCUGUGCCUGCAGCGAGGCGAGCUGUGCCCCAACCAGGACAGAGUGGGUGAACUGGUGGGAGCGAUUGUGGACCACUUCACACGGGUGAAAAAAGUCCAGUUUCCUGUGAAGGUUUGCCGUUCAGGUCUGGAGAUUCACAUGCGAGGCAAGCUCAAGAACAUCUCGGUGGAGACCAAAGCCGGUCAAACCAUCGCCGAUUUCAAGAAGAGUAAAGACGGUUUCAUCCUGCUGGUCCCCGCUAACUAACAGUCCCCCAGUCAAACCAUUAACAGCUACACCUCAUCGACAUCUAAGGAGAAAAUAUCAGCCACAGACAUCCCAGCUGGACUUUAGCAAGAAUUUCUUUUAAUACAAUUUUGCAGUAUAUGAGGAUUUUAAAGUAGUAAUCUGAGCAUUUUUUCUGGGAGAAUCUGCUUUCUUCAGCACGCAGAGGAAACUGAAAGCUGAAAUACUUUUAUAUUCAUUUAUAACACAUUUAUAUGUAUCGUACUGUUUAUGCUUUUUUGUAUUUUUAUGAAAUAUAAAGAUGUUUUUUUAAGAUAUGAUUGAAAAAACAGAAACAAAAAGCACUUUUUAUGAUGAUAAAUAUGGACAUGUUUUUGUGUUGUACACACCGCUGCCUGCAGACUGAGAUAAUUAUGUCAGAAGUAAUAAAAGGGGAAAGAAAAAAGACAGUGGGGGAAAAUUCAUUAUUCAAUGUUUACUUAAGUUCUCUGUAUGUUAAUGUUUCUCUCAUGUUUUGCCACAUGAACAGAGUGAAUGUCGACUUUACGCAGUAUUUAAAACCCAUUAAAAUGUUCAGCCUUAAGUGGCUUUAAGGCUUCCCUGCACAAAUCUACUGAACAUAAUGAAUCAGUAAAGACGCUUCUAUCCGUCCUCUGAGUGGCAGCUAUGAGCCCGCGUCCACAGAAAACUGGACCCCGUGACGCAGGAGCUGCUUCCUCUCUCGUCCCCUUUCCUGAUAGUUAGACUGAUAAACACAAACCAGCACUGGAGAGGUCAUUUAAAUGAUUUCUGAGGAAUGAAACUGAACAUUCCUUGUUUAUUUAUUGUGCUAUCCGGUUGUCCAGAUAUGUUUCUUUUAUUGUGAACAAACUCACAAUGAAACCUGCUUUUAUACAAACGUCUUCUAUUGGAGUCUUUUACAGAACUUUAAAUAAAAGUACGGCAUUAAAUAAAGUGUAAAUUUGUCGUCUCAGGAGAAGCCGCACUAAACUGAAGCCCAGCUUGUUUAUCAUGGUUAAAGCUAACCAAUCAUAGAAAACAAGAAACGUGUGAUUAAGUUGAACCUUGUGUGUUUCUACAGUGCCGUUGAAAAUCGUGCUACCUUUGCAUUGUUCACGUUUUGAGAUUUGUAGAAACAAUAAUUGUGACAAUAAAUGUUUUUUUACAUUAAUAAUCGUGAGUGUUUUCCAGGUCUAACUAACAGCAGCUGCAGAUAAAUUUGAGCUCUUUUGUGUAAUUCUUCCCAGAAUAUUUACAACUGAAGAACAGAUAAACCAUUUGGUAUGAACCAGAUUUACGGACAUGCUUAAAGAAAAUGAUCCUUUAAUAGUAAAGAUUGCUGCAUAAUUGUCAUUAUUAGUCCUUUGGUUUGUUGUCUCAAUGUUUGAUGCAAACUGUCCCGUGGAAGGAACUGAUACUUACAUAAUACAAGUGGUAAAAAAAUAAAGCCAGGACUAUAAACUACAGUUCCUCUGGUGGCCACUCAAGACUAACUCCAAAUAUGAGUUAAUCCCCACAGACUCCCAUGUUACAGCAGGAAUAAACAUGUUUACAGCCUGCUACAAACAUGGUUUCAGUCUCUGUAGCUGAUUUACAUGCUUAUAACAACUGAACAGGGUUUGUUGUUGUUUAGUCCCGGAGGGCUUUUUACAUAACUGAUCAUUUUAAACUCAAUUAAGGCGAACAGUCUGUGACUGAACCAGACCUAUCCACUUUGUUUGAGAUAUUUUAGAUGUAUUAUCAGCCAAAAACAUGUUGUGUGGCUUACUGUACUAACAAAUGACCCAAGAAGUCUCUGCUUCAGUUUCACAUUCUGGUGAUUUUUAAACUACCAGUCAACACACAAUUUAUACCUGCAGCCAAUGCUAAUUAAAUUUGAUGUUGGUUGAUAACUUAACAUUCUACCUUUCUGACUCAAAUGAAAAUCAGCCAGUGGUGCUGAUACCAAUACAAAUACUUUUAACCUGUAAAGGCAGCUUGUGUUACAUGAUUUAUAAAUUAAUCAUCAUCAGUUAGCAAUUUCUUUUUGUGCCAGCCUCUAAAGCACUUUGGCUCAGCCACUGUUGCUUAAAUGUGCUACAGGCUAUAAAUACAAUUCACAUGACAGUCAGCACAAAAAGGUUUGCACAUUUUUCACAGAUUAUAACUGAUGUAUGUUUUUUAAUUUUCCAAAGAAAAAAAUGUUUAAUGCAGUUCAGUACGCUUCAUACUAAGAGGGUAGAAACAAAGCAUCCUAUCAGUGCUAGCGCUAGCAUCGAUCAAAUACCACUACCAGUGUUGGUAUCGAUAUAGAUGUUUAGAUCAGUCUGCCCAUCUCUAUGAGGCAGGUGAGGCCACAGGUGGUGGCGACUGGACUGAUGGCGGUCUCCGUUUCUUUUCAUAGUGAAGGAA